AUGUCUACUUCUAUAAGUACUUCUGCUGGAGGGAAAAUUUAUCUCCCUGCAACCAAUGUCGUAGAAGGAUGGAAUACAAAGGAACUAAUUGAUUUUUUAUGUAAACAAGGCUUAAACCUUAUAGAGGAUGAUUUUGAAGCAAUCAGGAAAAAUAGAGUUACUGGUGGUUCCUUUCUUUCCUUAACCAUGGAAAUUCUUAUUCAAAAACCAGGUCCCUUUGAAUUACCAUAUGGGCCAGCACAAGACAUUGUAAAUUUCAUUAAAAAGCUCCAAGAUGAAGGGCAAGAGCAUGAGAAAAAAAGGAAGGCAGAGGAAGAAUUUACGAUCACUAAGCCGAAUAAAAGGAGAUGGGAAGUAAAUGGUGCCAUUGAACCAAGUAUAGUUCACUCUGUAUACUUUGUAAAUCCAACAGAAAAGAGUCGUCCACUUCUUGAGAAGAUUCAUGAAGGUCAAUUUGUGGCUCUACAUGGAGCUAGAGCAUUUGGCAAUGUAUCUCUUGAACAGAUUAACAUUAAAAGUGUAGACAAUUUCUGGGAGACAUUUGGCACUCAAAUUCAUCUUGAUGCUUCCAAAUACAUUAAACUCAAUAGCAUCAAGUCUGCUAAUGAUUUCAAUAUAGUGUUUCAGAAGAGCAAAUGGGAGAAUCGUGUUGUUAUAUUCAUUGAUGAGUUUGAUAUGUUGUAUAAUGCAACAGAAGAUGUUCUCUCUUCAUGUCUAAAUACCAUCCGUGGCAUUAAAGGAACAAAGAAAAAUUAUGCUAUCUGGUCUGUUGUUGCCAUCGGACCCUUCAGUAUCCUGUAUUUGAACUCAAAUAAUUUGACUACAUCACCAUUCAACAUUAAUGAACCAUUUCAAAACCCAAAUUUCACUCUGGAACAAGUGCAGUUCCUAUACAAGCAGUUUGUGGAUGAAUUUAAACUGACUAUUGACCAUGAGGUUAUUGAUGACAUAUAUAUGCAGACAAAUGGACAUGCUGGCCUUGUCUGCCUUUGUGGGCGUGCAAUCUUUAGAAAGCUAUUCCCAGUACUAGAAAAUGGAACACAUCUUAGCUUUGAGAUAUGGGAACGUUUUACUGUCUUCUUACUCGGAAAUGAGAUUUUAGAAUAUUCUACAUUUAUAAGGAUGAAGGAGUCCCUUCUGAAAGAUGAUACCAAUACUAGGAGUGCUGUGAAUCUCAUACGAUCUGAUUUCUUG